AUGCCUACCAAUCCGACGCUCCAUCUUCAAGAAUCAUCGCAGCUUAGCGAGCAUUCUCAUUCGAAUAAUCCUCUAGCCAUGCCUGUAAACAUACGCACUGUCUCCAUCAUCAUUGGCAGCAUUAUUUUAAUCAUCGGCUUGAUUAGUGUGACAUUAGGUUGCGUACCAUAUGUAUUUCUUGAAAUUCGUCAUGAUCCUAACGUUGCAACAGCAAUUAAUAUUUGGGCUGGAGCAAUGUAUAUUAUUUGUGGGAGCUUAGCCAUUGUUAACCAUUGCCAAAGGAUUAAUCAUCGCUUGAUGCAGGAUCGUGGAAGCAAUCAAGCUCGAAGACGUCAACUUCGCUUUCAACCAGGAAUGAACUUCAUUAUUGACUCAAAAAUUGUAGUUAACCCCUUGGAGAAUAUUUCCAUGGGUAAUUUUUGCUUUGAUGAUUCAUUGACAAUUACUUUAUUGAUAUUAGAGGCUGGAAGACGACCUAAAGUCCGUUUUUCAGAACCUGAAACAGCGCUUAGCAAUCAAUCUUCGCUGCCAUUGAAGUGA